CACUAUAUCACGCAAGGCUUUCAUACUUGCUGUGUUGCGCACGGGGAUAGACACCGAACGUCAGCACUCCCGACAGCAGACUUUCCAACCACAUUCUUACGGUUUAUUCGUUCUGCAAAUUAAUAACAUUGACAUAGCUACGUGCUAACUACGAGGAAUUGCGCGAGCUCGCUGUAACAAUUCUACCCAGGCCGGCUCCAACCAGGCAAACUAGCGAUGGCGAGCCUCCUGAACGCCAACCUGCCCUCGGAUGAGGAUGAGUCAGAGGAUGACGACUAUGACCCCCUCGCCGACAAGACGGCGGAGCGGGAGGACAUUCACCAGGAGCCCAAAGCAGCUCGCGGAGGCGCCAAGAGGCGACGGCGAGGCGGGGCGCUGGCGGCCGGCGACGGCGAGGCCGCAGGCGCAUCCGACGGCGACGAUGGCGAGGAGGAGGAAGAGGACGCAGAGGAAGCCGCGGCGGCGGCGGAGGCGGCGCGCAACGAUCCACGCGCCGUCGCCAAGCGCGAGAAGAUAUCCAGCCUUUGGGAGCAGAUCAACAGCAAGGCAGCGGCCAACGGCACCGGCAGCGCGGCGGGGCGGCUGCCCAGUGCGGGGGUGACGCUGGCGGGGCUGUGCACCAGCGCCACGGCAGAGCAGCUGAGGGCCAAGCGGGCCAGGAAGGCGGCGCCCGACGAGAUCUGGAUGCGCAGCCUGGGCCUGCUGCCCAAGUCGUCAUCGGCGCGCAGUGCCUCCACCGCCGCGGCAGCGGCAGUAGCAUCCAUCGCCGCGCUGGCGCCCGCGACGGCAGCAGCAGCAGCGGCAGUAGCAGCGGGGGCGGCAGUAGCAGCAGGGCCGUCGGGUCGUGGCAGCGGCUCGCCAGAGCCCGGAGGCCUGAGCGAGGCGGCGGCGGAGGAGAAGCGCGCGCUGGCGGCGGCGGCGCUGGCGGCGGCGCGUGACGCCACGGCGACCGGGUCGAGGGCGGGCAAGGUGGCGGUGACGGAGACGCGGCGGUUCGCGGGCAAGGACAUUGAGGUGACUCUGAUGGUGGACAAGGACAGCAAGGAGGCCGCCCGCGCCGCCGCCCGCGCCGCCGAGCCGCCGCCCAAGCCCGCCAGCAAGGGCCUGGACGCCAUGCUGGCGGAGAUUGAGAAGAAGAAAAAGGUGUCGGUGCUGGACAAGACCAAGGCGGACUGGAGCCAGUACAAGGCGGUGAACACGCAGGUGGACGAGGAGCUGGAGGAGCACAAGAAGAGCGGCGACCAAUACCUGGACAAACAGAACUUCCUCAAGCGCGCCGAGCUGCGCGAGUACGAGAAGGAGCGCGACACGCGGCUGGCGUCGGACAUACGAACCCGCGGCCGACUGUAGGGCAGAAGAGGAGAGGAGCGCGGGAGAGAGAGGCGGUGCACAGCCGUGGGGCGCCCUGCCGGUGGCGGCAGUGCAUGUUCGCUGUGGGGUAGCCUAUGUGGUCUACCACACAGAAUGUGGCGUGUUGACGGGGAGCCAGGUGAUUGGGGGGAGCCAGGUGUUGCAGGGGGUGGGUGUCUGCCCCGUGAGUAACCGGGAGCGCCUUGCCCACAUUACGUUGGCACACCUAUUCGGCGUACAGGAGCAUGUGCAGAAGCCAUUUAUGGCAAUCGGUCCCUGAGAAGGUUGGGCAGGCAGUAUAUCAUCACCAGCUGCCCGGGGGACUAGCAGGCUGCAGGCAGGCAGGCACGCAGGAAGCAUGUCGGGUUGCCGUAUGUAUGGGGCUCAGGCUCAGUGAGUCCGGCGUUGUGCAGUUGUCAGCGGCACGGCGCCACCGCAGGUUGCAAUGGUGACCUCAGUAGUGCGCUGCGGGAAAGGGUAGCUCGUGGGAGCUUUCGUGCACGGUUGUCAGUCUGCAGGGAGGCAGUACUGCAGGACCCCGUUGCGGGCACGGUCAGUUCUUGGGCAGGUGGCCGGUGCAAUGCCGGCCGCGCGUGCUGUAAGCGGGUCGCUGCUUCGUCGUGUGCUGGUUCGAGGCAGUGACAUGGGUCGUACCUGCAUGGGUGUCGGCCUGUGUCGGCCAGCGCACACUUAAUUCUUAUAUCCGUGCAUGACGCCUGACGCGUCGCUUAGCGGGUCAUUCCUGUAACACACAACUAGC